ACAGCUGAGGCUCAACAUCCUAACAGCCUCCUCCUCCUCUCUCUCUCUCUCUCACACACACACACACACUUUCGCUCAAACAAGGAAAGAAGAGAAUACAACAACAGAAAGAGAAGAAAAGAAACCAGAGUAAGAGGGAUGAGGAUGGGAGUCUAUAGUGUGCCGGCAGUUCCCUGCUGCCGUCCCACGCAGUUUGCACGGAGCUUCAUACCCCCCGUGCUUCUCCUCCUGCUCCUGAGCAUCACCGGGGCCGUCCCCUCUCCGUUCCAGCUGGCCCCGGACACCCCAGCCCCUGCCGAGCCCACCCCGACCCAGGCCACACCUCGUCCGGACCCCUGCGAGGGACGACCCUGCUUAAACGGGGGCUUCUGCCUGGCCCUCCUGUCCGCGGGCAGGCCAGAGGACACCUGGGAGUACACCUGUACGUGCAGCCAGGGCUUCACCGGACGCAACUGCGAGUUUUUCACAGAUCCCUGUGCCAGCAGCCCCUGUCUCCAUGGAAACUGCAGCCGGAGCGGCGGCGGGAAGGAGGAGGAGCCGGCCUACACCUGUGAGUGCACUGAAGGCUACGAGGGGGAGAGGUGUGAUCAGAUCCUCUUGGACCUGCCGGCUGCCGACUGGGACCCCGCCACCCCCUCUGCUCCUGAACUAGCUACCCCUGUUGCCUCCACCACCACAUCCGCCACUCAGCAGCCACAGCCAACCACCAUCCCCUCCACCACACCGGCACCUCCCACUCUGCAGCCAUGGCAACCCAAACCCGGGCAGAGGCUGCUGGUGGUGCUGUGGGAGGCAGACAGGGUGACGGAGGGUCUGCACUGUGUGAGUCCUGAGCUGUGCGAGCUGACAUCAGGAACUCUGACUCUGUCCCUGGAGAUGCCUGAAGAGACGGCUGUAAAGGUAAUGGUGAAUGCCAGUGGAGCUCCAGUGCUGUGGCGUGUGAAUGAAGAGGGUUUCCUCCGUUCCUCCAUUUUGAACGGCACCACAAUGUUUUUCCUGCAGGCCCCUGAUGGAUUGGUGGUACCAGACCACUCGCUGCCCCUGGGACAGAAUUACUUCCUUAGUGUGGUGCGCGUGGGUGCCCCCACAGCCCCGGAGGUCACCCUGCGCCUCAACCUGACGGUGAAAGCCAGCAGCUGCGUUGAGCCCGGCAGCAGCUUCAGUGACCCUCAGUGCUCUGGGAAAGGCAAAUGCAUCACACAGCCCUCUGAGAGCACUUUCUUUUGCGACUGUGAGGACGGCUACACUGGAAUCUUCUGUGAGGAGUUCGAUGCCUGCCACCACCGGCCUUGUCGCAACAACGGCACCUGCACCGAUGUUAGACAGGGGGGUGAAGGACGCAACUUCACCUGCACUUGCCCUUCAGGUUAUGAAGGGGAGCGUUGCCAGUUGCUGGUUGACCACUGCGUCUCUCAGCCCUGCAAGAAUGGAGCCACUUGUUUCAGCAGCCUAGCCGGACCCAGGUGCUACUGUCCCGAAGGCUACCAGGGUGCUACAUGUGAGCAGAAGGUGGACCCGUGUGCCUCCAGCCCCUGUCACAAUAAUGGGACAUGCUAUGCCCAGGGCCCUGGACCCCUGGGGUUUGGCUGUAGCUGCACAGCAGGCUUCACAGGCCCUACAUGUGCCCAGCUGGUGGACUUCUGUGCCCUAAACCCCUGCGCCCAUGGGGUCUGCCGCAGCGUGGGAAACAGCUACAGAUGUCUGUGCGUCCCAGGUUACCAUGGCUUGUACUGUGAAGAGGAAUACAACGAGUGUCUGUCCGCCCCCUGCCAGAACUAUGCCACCUGUAGGGAUCUCAUCAAUGCCUAUGAGUGUGUCUGCACACCACAGUUUGAAGGCAGACACUGUGAAAUCUACAAGGAUCCAUGUCUGAAGAUGCGCUGCCAGAAUGGAGGCCACUGUGAGAGCACAGGAGUCAACGUUUCCUGUGCCUGCCCACCUGGAUACCUGGGGGAUAAGUGUGAGGUCGACGUCAACGAGUGCGAGAGCAACCCUUGUCACCAUGGAGGCACCUGCAUUGACCAAUCAAAUGGCUUCACCUGUCACUGUCCACCUGGGUGGGUGGGUCCCAGCUGUGAGAUCCACCUGCAGUGGAAGCCAGCACACACUGAGGACACCCUGACCAACAUGCCCCGCCACUCCCUCUAUAUCAUUAUCGGAGCACUGUGUGUGGCCUUCGUCCUCAUGCUCAUCAUCCUCAUUGUGGGCAUCUGCCGCAUCAGCCGCAUCGAGUACCAGGGCUCGUCACGCCACGCCUACCAGGAGUUCUACAACUGCCGCAGCAUCGACAGCGAGUUCAGCAACGCCAUCGCCUCCAUCCGCCACGCCAGAUUUGGCAAGAAGUCCAGGCCUGCCAUGUACGAUGCCACUCCAAUCGCCUAUGAAGAUUACAGUCCCGAUGACAAGCCUUUGGUUACACUCAUCAAGACAAAGGAUUUGUAAAACACAACCAUCCCAGCACGUCACAAGCUGUACACAUACAACCACACAUGUACACACAGAAAGUCAGUAUGAAUCUUAAUGUAUUUCUUAAGAAAGAGAAAUAACAGCAAAAUAAAAUUGAAUGUAUAGUGGAGAAAAAAAAUCCAAAACAUACUCUGUUGGUUAAAAAGAACAAAUCUGGAAUUUGAUACAUCUAUUUUCCUGUCAAAGUCCACAAUAAUGCUUUAUUGUAGCAUAACAGCAUACUUUGCAUUACUUAUAAGUUAUUGAUAAUGGGCGACACUACUAGUAACCUCUGCUGUACAAGAGUGAUGACUUUAGUCUGCACCAGACUGUCUGUCAGUGGGGCCAGCAACCCAGGAGCCUAAAUUUCUAAGUGUAAACUCAGCAAAUGGUGCAGUCCUCACAGGUGUUGUAGAAAUAGGUGCACUCCUCUUGGUGCAUACGCUGUAUCUUUUUCUAUAUCUAAAAAUAAAAUCUGCAGUAGGUUGCCUUACUUUGUGCAUGGUUAGAUUUGAUGUUCUCUCUGCAUUAUUUCAAAUUCCUUUGUACUUGGUUGUUGGUUGUUUUUUUAAUUGAAGUUUGCAUUGCAUUGUCAAGAUUGUGCCAAAUAUUUUCUUUGGGUAAUUUGUGGUUAACAGAUCAAAUACACACAUGUAUAAAAUACUAGUCACAGGAUUUUUCUUUUUAAAAUACAUAUUGUCCUGUUCUUUACAUGCAAGUUUCUCAGUGGUGUAUGAAUAGUAAAGAAAGUGGGUUUACUGGAGUACUGUGACCCUACCAUCCUACUGUAUGUAUUUCAGUGAUAUUUAGGAUAAUAGGUAGGUAUAUUUCUCAAUGCACAGAAAAAUAGUUGGUUUUACUCAGUGUACCUGUUUAUGCCAGUGUACAAAUUCACCUCUAGUGUUGCCUGUGUUGAAUAGCUUCUGGAUGAGAGUUGCUGGAGUGGCCUCUUGCUGGCUUUAUAGGGUAGAGAAGAGGGAGGAGGAGGAAGAGGAAACUGAGAAGGAUGAUAUUUACUCCAGAAUAUAUGUGCUUCUGUGUCCUGCCAAUGGAAAACCCCCUGUGUGUGCAGCUGUGUUGUUCCUCUCAAGGUCAAGCAAUGUUUUACCAAUAGGCUCAGCUAAUCCUUCAGAUUUUUUCUCUAAUUUUAAACACACCUAUUACGUAUAUGUUGAAUGAUGUAAACAAUAAAGAUUCAAGUGAACAUAAUCUACAGUA